GUGUAUGAUGUCCCUCCAAGUGUAUGCAGAGAUGGACCGAAUAGACAGAGCACCUACGACAUCCCCGUGUCUUAUGGUAGCGAGCCUCAGAGGUUGUUAGCCGGGCCGUAUUGCACCCUGCCGGCUCCCCGCAAACACAGUUGGGAUCAAGCGGACGCCAGCCGGGCUGCGAAACCCGAGCUAUACGACGUGCCGCUCUCCAGGGACGGAGCCGCCUUGCCAAAGGAAGCCCUGUACGACGUUCCUCCCACCACGGGCGGCGCUGCCAGCUGGGGUUCGCCUCAUCACGGCACACUGCCGGAGAGGCUACAACAUCCGGGCACUGCCCGCCAGCCACAGUACGACAUCCCCUCGCCGACGCCGCAGCGCUCACUUUACGACAUUCCCUCGUCACGUGAGCAUGCAGCGUCCAACCGCCACCUCUCGAAGUUUCCAGAAGUCUACGACGUUCCGGUCAGCGCCGUGAAGCCGCGCCCGGACGCUGUGCCCCACAACAUUUACGAUUUGCCCAGGAUUGGCCCUCGAGACGCACCCGCUGCCAGGAACCCUGCGGCGCCCGUCUAUGAUGUCCCCCCGCAGGUGUCCAGGGAUGUGCAGGCCUCCCGGGAGGAGGACCCAGGCCCCGCGGUGCCCGACACCGCCUGGGAGAUCACCCUGGAUGUGGAGAUGGCCGUCGGCAGGUUGGUGCAGCUGCAGCAGCAGGUCGUCGACUCGGUGGGCAGGGUUAUGGUGUUCGUCAGCAGCCAGUGGAGGCAGCUGUCCUUCCUGGAGGAGAACCUCAGCCAGAUCCACUCGGCAGCGGACGAGGUGAUGAAGUCGCUGGGCACCUUCAUGGACUUCGUGAGGGGAGUGAAAGUCAAUGCCACACGCCUGACGGAUGGCAAUCUCCAGAACCGGCUGUACAAGCAGCUCCUGAUCCUGGAGGAUUCCUACCAGAUCAUGGUGGAGACCUGCCAGGCACUGGGCGCCUCCGACUGGUCCCUCGAUGUCCUGGUGGUGAGCAGCCCUCAGUCCAGCCCUGACGAUCUUGACCGCUUCAUCAUGGUGACCCGGACCAUCCCGGAUGAUGUGAAGCGACUUGCGUCGAUUAUAAUUGCCAACGGCAAGCUUCUCUUCAACCAGGUGGCAGAGAGGCAUGAAGGACAGUGUCAGCAGCAAUCCCCUUCAACACCGGGCAAACCACAGUCCACCAAUGACAACCAGCCUCGUCUGCAGAGGAAGAGCAACGGGUUCUUUAUUAAACAAAAAGCUCCACUGCCAACACCUCCAAGGAAAGAUAAUAAUUCAAAACCAAGCAACCUGUUAAUCGCCAGACAAACUCACAUAGAAGACUGUGAUUAUGUCCAGUUACAGAGGAAAGAGGAAUUUGAAAGGCAAGAGCAAGAAAAGGAAAGCGUCAAACAACGAGAGAGAGAGAGCUUCAAGCAGAAAAAGCUCCUUUUAGAACGAAAGAUGACAGAAGAAAAGAUUCGAAAACUGGGAGAUAGCAGUGUUAAAGGGCUGAAGGAGACCCAGUCCCUUAUCUCUGGCUCUGACCAAUGCAUAAUGUUCUUUAACGCCCUGCAAAAGGCAAUCAUUGCAUUCACUGACAAUGUCAAUGAAAACCAAUCCUUGGAGGUUUUAAUCAAAAACAGCAAAGCAGUGAUAAUGAUUGGCCAAAAGCUGGUGGACCUGCUGUGCCGUGAGACCGGACAGAAGAACAUUCAUAAAGAGAUGCUGAGUAGAAGCAAUCAGUUCUGUGGGAGGAUGAAAAAGGUCGCCAUGGCAACCAAGAAUGCAGUAAUGCAGCCAAACACCAAGACCUUACAAGAGAUGAAGGAUCAGGUGGCAGAACUAUCCCAGCAGGCCGAGCAGCUCAGGCUCCUACUAGAACAGGCCACAUCUCAGAGGGGAGCUGAAAACUGAGAAGCAGGGAGAUUUUAUCUUAUCUCUUGGCUAAAAUUCACAUUACAAAAAAAAUUUUUGCAGUAUUCUAAUUUGUUUUAUCUCUUGCCAUUUGGUUUAAACCAGUUUUUAAAUGAGACAAAGUACAGUAAGGCAAACUAGAAUCAAGGUUUUAUUCAGUAACAAGUUAAGCUGAGGAAGAAGCUAACUUAGAUUUCCAAACAGUUAAUUUUGUUCCUUUGUAGUGGCAUCACAUUUUAGUAUUCAUGGCUAAACAGUAUUUAUUAGAAAAGGUUGGAUAUUGUACAAGAGGACUGUAUCUGGUUCAUCAGAUUCUUUGACCCCCUCCACCCUCUUCUUGCACCAACAAUGCCUUAAUUUGAACUGUUUUAAAGUUUAUUGUAACCUAGGUGAAAAGAGUAGUUUUAGCAAAAUUUAGAACCAAAGUUAAAAAUCAGUAAGCGAACUCCAGGCUUUGUGUUUUCACCAGAGAAGCCUAGUUUCAUCAAGAAAUCUCUUUAAUUUUGAGCUAUAAAUUGAUGUAAAAUAGAGAGCUAGGGUUCUGAUCCCUCUCCCUGCCUUCAAUAGGUGCGAUUAAAAAUAACUGGAGAAAUGCAUGAAAAACAUGGAUUUGAGGUGAGAGUGGUAGCUUUUGAUGCCAAGGCUGCAUUUUACAAUGUGAGGAUGAGGAUGCCCUAGCAAAGCUGGAGUCAGUGGAAAUCAGGUGAAAAACCCCUCUGGUUAGAGUCACCUUGAACAAAGGAAGAUGGUUGUGGUUGUUGGCAGUCAGUCAUCUCAGCUUCUGGAUAUCUGCUAUAUCAAUGAACUUCCCGCCAUCAUAAAGUCAGGAGUGAGGAUGUUUGCUGAUUGUGCAAUGUUCAGUACCAUUUGGAAUUUGUACAAAGCCAGCAAAACAUGGACAAUAAGUGGCAAGUAAUAUUCACAUCUCACAAAAUGCCAGGUAAUGGCCAUCUCCAGUGAGAAUUUAAUUACUGUCCCUUGACAUUGUGAUGAAUUGCCCUCAUCACAUUCCCCCCUGACACACACCAUAUCCAGAAGCAUCCCCUUUUUCACCACUUAAUGCUCAAUAACAGCAAUAUCUACCAUCUAUAGGAUGCACUACAGAAAUUAACCAAGGCUCCCUAGCACCUUCCAAACUCUCGCCCACCUCCAUCAAGGACAAUAGCAGGAGAUACGGGAGAAUGCCACCUACAGUUCCCUUCCACUCACCAUCCUGACUUGGAAACCUGUGGCUAUACCUUCACUGUUGCCAGAUCAAAAGUUUGGACCUCCCUGCCAAAUGGUGUGUGAGCCUAUGUACAACACAGGGACUGCAGUGGUUUAAGAAGUUCAUCACCACUGCAAGCUAGCCCUGCUAACGAUGCCCUCUUCCCCAAAUGAUAUUUUUUAAUAUAAAACACAAGACAAGUGGCAACUGAGAUAUACUCCCUUAUCCCUUAGUUAGGGAAUGCAGUUCAAUAGAAAUGAAUCAGAGCCAUGGUCUAUGUAUUUGCCCAGAUUUUGGCUGAAGUGUGGCAAUGGAAAGAAAAAGGACAAGCUGGCAUGCAGUUGAGGUGUUUGCAGGGUAAUUGCAGGAGAACAGCAAGGAUACAAAUUUCACUAAGAUUCAUUGUCAGAUAAAGCAAGACUUAAAGCUUCAUCUCAUUUGUCCAAUGACACAAUUAAAGCAUCACAUAUCAUUUGUCAGAAAUUCGGUAUCCCUAGUUUCUUAAAACUUCAGGUUUUAUCUGGUCUCUUAUCACUCUCUCCUAUUAGCUUGUCUGCUGCACCAUGGAAUGUUAGAAUUAUGCCCAGUACCAUAUUGAUACAGUAUGCAUGUUUUUAAAAAGUAUUGCCUAAGGCACAAAGAACUUUACAGUUUGGAAGGAAAAUGAUACAAGGUAUGUCUGGAGGAAAGACAAUAAUAUUCAAGUUGCAGGCAAAGACUUUUUUCGUUAGGUGCAUAACUAAUUUUCAUACAGUCAGUGACUACAGGGGUCAGUGAAUUUCUUUGUAACUUGGGACAGAGGGUCUUGGGUGCAAUAAUGUUGAGAAACUCAAUAAAGCAGAAUUAGAAUGUUUAUAUCCCAACACCCCUCAGAAGAUGUAAGAUCUCAGCUAGGGAAGGAGCAAAUUUGAGAAGCUGAUGUCUGCAUUUUUUUUCUCUUUGUUUGUAACACAUUGGUUAGUUUUCCUUUCCUGAGAGGAAAAUAAAUGGAUUUGCCAUAGAGUGCAGAAGAACACCAGUGAGAGUUGUAUGUCUCUUUACUACAAAACAAAAACGAGGCUUGGGGAGGUGUGGAUACAGUAGAUGGGAGUCUUAGGGAGGGUGUUUGCACCACCACAUUUUACACCAUGUAUGAGGGGUCUGGCGGUCUCAUCAGGAUUAAAUUUAUCUGGGCCAUGGAACAUGAUAGGCAACUGCAAACUGAGCAGAGUGUAAAAUGGGUUGUAAUUCAUUCACAAGCUUUUGUAGCAUCACUCAAGACACAUUGUAAACCAACUAAGGAGGUUAACUUAUCACAGAAGCACUGCUCAUUCUGCUCCUAAGGGUGAGUGCCUGACAUUGCAUACCUGCGAUUGAUGGUGUCCCAGUUACAAUAGAUGUUUACCAAAACAGACUUAGGAAAUGACUAAGUACUGGAAUCAGUGUUAUAUAUAGCUCAAGACAAAAUUCUGACUCUUCUGGAUGCAGGCUGGACUAGAUACCAGUUCCAGUCAAAUUGCUAUUGACUAUGAGUGUAAAUCUCAAAAACAGUGAGGUAAUGAACAAAAAAAGGGUAGCUGUUAGUGCCUGAGUAACUCAAUGAGAGGAGGGGAUAGAAGAGGAAGAAAAAGAUCAAUUUUAGGAAUAAGAUUCACUUUUCUUCUUGAGAAAUUGCAAAAAAAAAUCAAUGUUGGUAUGAUAGCUUUUAUAGAUGAUUUUAAUUAACUUUUUGUUUUAAAAAUGCCUAUUAUCUUAUUACAGUGUAGUCUUCAGCCCCAGGGAGCCUCCUUACUAAAAGGUGAAGAAUAAUAAAGCUCUUUAGGGGUUCUUAUCAAUUUGUUUUUGAAAACUCAAUAUUGAACAGUGAUGCUAACAGUAGGAGACUGAAUAAAGAACAGAUCCUCAGACUGUACAUCAGCUAAAUCAGUGUGCUGCUACAGUGAGAUCUGGAUCUAAUAGGGCUGGCAUUUAAAUUUUUUUGUGUACUGCAGCUAGUUUUGUGUUACCGAUUUUGAUCCCUGCCAUCUGGAGCUCAUUAAUACAUCCAGCCAGAACCCUUCAUGACAAAUCCAACUCCAUAUACAAUAUGGUUGUCAUUCCACCAUGCAGUCGCUGCUCUGUGCGCUGUACAUUGAAUUCUGGUCCAAUAUUAGUCAGUGUCAAAAUAACAAAUAAGUAAUUGGUUCCUUUAACUUCCAUAUAAACAGUACAGCAACUUCAAAAAAGGAAUACUUGUGGAUUAAAUGAUAACAUACAAAGCUGACUAGAGUUAUGCUCCUCUACAUUACUUUUGCAUAAAUGUCAUUUUGCUGUCUGCCUUACUGUUGAAGUGAAUGGUACAACAUUGAUGUAUUUACAUGGUGAAUACCAACAAAACCUUGGGCAGAUGUUAAAGCUAGUAAUUAGCAGCUUUUAAAACAACAUGCAAGCUGUUAAUUAUCAUAAUGUAAAUUCUGGUAUGAAUAAUUAUUGCUAAUGAAUCAAAGUUUAAAAAACCUGAAGAAACAAAAGUUCAAAUGUUCAAUUUUAAUUUUGUUCACUUUUCAUUUUUAUCUUCUCUCUCAAUCCCUUUAUACACAUUAUUUAACAUUGAAUUCCCCUAAUUUUAAUUCACUGUUGUCUCAUCACUCACCAGGAGCCCAGAUGCCCAAUUUACAUCACCUUAUUGCUAUCAACUCUGACUUACAGCAAUGUUGUGGACUUUUUAGUGAGUUGAAGGGAGUAGAAUCAGGUUGCUGCUGUUAGAUGUCCUAUUACUUUUUAAAAAAAAAAGGCAAGGGCAAUUGGUGGCUAAGCCAGUAUCUGUUACUCAUCCCUCCUCAUGUUGGAAUUUGAAUUCAAUAAUAUGGAAUUACGAGCUUAAUGAUGACCAUAAAUCCAUGAUUGUCAGAAAAUAAUGUCUGAUUCACUAAUGUCCUUAAGAGGAAGAAACUGCCAUCCUUACCUGGUUUGGCCUACAUGUGACUCCAGACCCACAGCAAUGUAAUUGACUCUUAACCGCCCUCUAGCCAAUUCCAGAUGGGCAGUAAAUGCAGGCGAGCCAAUGAUGCCCACAUCCCAUGAAUAAAUUUUAAAAAUGUCUUGAGCCACUGCAGCCCAUGUAGUAUUGGUAGAUCCAUAGUGUUGUUAGGGAGGAUUUGGACCCAAUGACAGUGAAGGAUGGUAAUAUAAUUCCAAGUCAGAAUGGUGUGCAGUUUGGAGGGGAGCUUGAAAGAGAUGGUGUUCCCAUGUGCCUGCUGCCUCUGCCUUACAGGCCAGUGACUCAUCUGUGUUACAUCUCAGAUAUGCGACAGGCAGUAAAACAGAUUUCUAUGUACAGUACUAAGGAACUCAGUAGCCCCCUCAUCCCCAGGACCAUGUUACCAACAAUUAGCAUUUAUACAGCACCUUUAACAUAGUUUGAUCUAAGAGGUUGGUUUUAGCAAUGUCAAGACAAAGGAUUAGGAGGGAAUUUGCACUUUGGAUCUAAGUAGCUGAAGCCACCUAUGGGAGACUGAAGAAAAUCAGGAUGUGCAAGAAGCCAGAUUUGAAGCAGAGCAGAAAUUGUCAGGUUGAAGGUGGUGGGAACGGCAAAGCCAUUGCUAGAUUUAAAAAUAAGAAUUAGUAUUUUAAAAUUGAGGGCACUGCACUAGGGACUGGGAGCCCACGUAGGUUAUUGGAUGCAAGAGUGAUAAGCAUCAUUAAUUUAAAUCCAAAUCUUUCUAGCGUGAGACCCUUUACCAGAAUUCUGUCUUGUCUUAUUGAUAAUAAAUACAACAAUCUCAGUAAUGACUCCCAGUCACCAUUGCCAAUAUUUCCAGUAUUCAUUGUUGAAGCAGAAGUAUUUUCUGUUCAUAAACAAUUUAAAAUAUGCUCAGAGUAAACAAAGGUUUGCAACUAUUUAAGCCACACAGGGACCACCACUUGCAGAAUAGCCAUUUUGGCUAGGUGGAGGGAGGCAUUUAGCAACUGUAGGCUGUAUUGUACCAGAAACCACUAGAAUUCAACAAAAUUUCAAAGGACAUAGACAAUUAGAAGACAGACUUGGAUUUAUCUGGUGCUUUUUGCAACCUCAGGAUAUUCCGUAGCAUUUCCCAGUCAAUCAAAAAACUGCUGGAUUGUAGGGAACACGACUGCUAAUUUGCACACAGCAAAAUCUCAUAAGACACAGGGUUAAUGGUCAGACAAUACAUUUUAAGUUUGGUUGAGUGGAUUAAUAUUAGCCAGCCAGGGCAUUAGAAAAUAUUCCUACUGCUGUUCAAAUAAUGGCAUGGGAUUUAGGUUUAUAAAUCCUGUCAACCACAACACAGCACAAACCGAGAUUUUUGUUCAAAUCUCUGGACUAGUGCUUGAACUUACAACCUUCUAAUUCAGAGGAAAGGCAGCUAGCAUUAACCAAAAUGCCACCUGAGAAGGCUGCUGAUUCUGGCCACACAACUUGGACAAAUUAAAAGAACACGCUUGAUUGAUUUUUUUUUAAAAUAGAAUGCUUAAGUCUUACUGUACAAUGUUUCCAGUUGUAAAAUUCAGAACUGUUUUGUAUUUCUUCUAUGCAUUUUUUCUUCUGGUGAGUUGCAUCACAUUAUGUUUGAAGAGGUGAUGCUGGUAGAACCAUUUUUAUGUUUUUGUACAUUUUCAUUAAAAUAUUAUUGCUACGGUUGUUUUUCAUUCUG